AUGGCGACGGAGCUGGACCCCACCGAUGACAUGGACUGGCUCUCCGACUAUGUGAUCUCCGUCCUCAAGUCACCGACCUGGGUAGUCCCUAUUCAGGAGUUCAUUGACCAAAAUGCCAUCCUCUUCGAUGAAGCAGAGGAGUCAAUGCUCGAGCACACAACCUGCCACAACAACUUCAGGGAGUUGGUUUCCAAUCUGCUCCUUUGCCACCUCAUGGAGGUGUCCAUCACCGAAGAACAGUUCGACCGUUUUUGCCAGACUGGCCUCACGAAGAACCGUUCACUGCACCGUGCCCUGGCCGAGCAACUGCUGGCGGCAGAGGAUUUCCUGAGCUUCAAAGCCAUGAUGUCGAAGCACAAUGCAGAGAUUUGCCGGGCGGUGGCGGGCGAAGAGCCAGAAGGUGUUGCAAGCCUGGCGACGGCUGUCGUGAAGAGCAGCCUCCACCAGGGGUUGCUUGGCGCGGAUGAUUGGCAGAUGUAUGAUGAUCAGCUGCUCGGUGCUGAAGUUGUCGGCGACGCCGUGGACUUCUCUGCCCUGGAGGCUGAAGCCAAGCGAGAAGAAGCAGAAUUGCAACAGGCCAUCGCGCUCUCCCUCAGCAUUGAAGAGGAAAGGUUGAGGCAAAUGGCAGCCAAUGAGGAGGAGAUACCAGACAUCCGAGACCUGGAGCCAGAAGAGCGAGCACCCCCGCCUCCCCCCCCUCCCAGAGCAGGCUUCACAUCAGCUCCGCUUUGCCAUCUGCCUCCCAAGCCCUUCCCCGGAUCUCCCAAGGCCACAUCUUCCAGUGCCGCUCCCGCUCGGCUCCUCCAAACAGAGCCGCUGAAGCUGCCUAAGAAGCCUUGGGGCUUUACCUCGGCACCACUUAUGGCACGGCCAGUGCAGCCGCCAGCCCCGCCACCUGCCCCAACCACGUCCCAAGACCCCUCUCCACCCCCAGACCCCAGUCAUCCCACCCCAGCUGCGAUUCCAAGGUUACCAGGCAGAGCAGGCUUCACCUCCUCGCCGCUGUGUACAGUGCCACCGAAACCUCGGGUAGCAGUUGGAGGAGUUGAAGCACUUGGAGGAACAGAGGAGCCAGUGCCACCCGUGCCACCUCCGCCGACAGUGGAGGAACGAGUUGCGACUCUACCUCCUGUGCAGGCGUUCCGCACCAACCUCCAGCUUUGGAAGCGUCGUGCUUCCGAAGCAGUGCAACCAUUGCCAAAGCAAUUGCGGGGAGCGAGAAGCCGAAUGUUCUCUCCUCCCUCCUCACCAAAAAGUGCGGCAGGUGAUUUCGUUGGUCUGUCAGAGGAGGAGCGCCAGCAGCGCGCUGAACAUCUCAAACGGCAGCGGGAUCGCCUCAUCGAGAAACGUGCAAAGGACCGUGAGCAACAGCUGUCCGAAUUUGGACGGGCUGCAAACCCUGUGGACCGGGAGGCGCAGGCGGCAAUGGGCCGGCGUCGCGUCGCUGAGCUCAGUGGCGCGAGACUUGCCUCAGAGACAGCGCCCUCCAGCGCACAGCCUGAGUCGGCCGAAAAGCUUCGACAAGCACUGACCCGGCAGCUGCUUCAAAGCCUCGCACAGUCUUUGGUCAGUGAUGCUGACACGCUGGAUGACCAACUUCACCAGCUUGAAACCAUGCGAUGGUCUGCCGCAUGA